AUGGACGACGCUUCGAUGGAAAAUCUCUCUCUGCCGGGAGCCUUCAACAGCUCCCCUACAGAGCAAAUGGAUAUCACCUCCAGCGACGACGUCACCCGCAAUCAUCCAGGACCGUCCCAGACUCCCCAAUCCCCUACAGAGCAAAUGGAUAUCACCUCCAGCGACGACGACGCCCGCAAUCAUCCAGGACCGUCCCAGACUCCCCAAUUACAGUCCCAGAUUCUCAAACCACAAGAAUCGGGCAAGCGAAAAAGGAGUGAUCAUGAAGAGAUAUCGUCGAGAAAGUUAAUUGCAGUCGAGCCUGAGUAUCUUCAAGAACUCGAGUUCGCGGUUGAUGAGUUGACUAAGAAGCUCAAAUCGAAGGAUAAAGAAAUAAAGCGCCUUCAGAGCAUAGAGCCGAGCGUCAACGAUUUGAAAGAUGCUGAAAUUCGACACCUUCGCGUUGUAGAGCAAAAGGUUGAGACUUUGAUUAUUGGAAAGAUAUAUAUAUCCAAAGAGAAAUCGGCGUCUGAUGGGGCAUAUAAGACCUUACAAUCCCAAUUCGAAGACUAUAAACGAGUACGUUUCCCAGGCUUCAUGUUAUCGUACCUGCGUUUAAGCAUCGAACAGGACGUGGAUCGCCAACAUAAAGAAGCAUCCCGUGCUAAAGAGCACGAAAUGUCUGAGCUGGAAGCAAAGUUCAAACAACAAAUCGAAGAACUCCAAAUUCAUCAUGACCGUACGGUGGAGGAAUUAAACAAAAAGGUUGAAUCCCAGUCUCUUCAGAUUUCAUCUCUGGUGGAAGACAGUCUUGAAGAAUCAGAAACUGCGAAAAUAUUGCUAAAUGAACCCGAUGGAGAGGGGUCCAAUAUCUUGGAAGAGGACAUGUCCCAUAUCAAGGAGCUCGAGGAUUCGAAUAUGGCGUUUACGGAGCGAAUAACUGCUUAUGAGGCUCAGAUAGCGAAGCUCAAUGCUGAUUUGGAGGAGCAGAAGGCGGAGUCGUCAAAGCUAACGCGUGCUGUUCAGGAGCUUGAGGGACAGUCUGUCGAUGGUAUCAGCAAGCAGGAGCGUAUCACGGAACUUGAAGCUCUUGUGAGGGCGAAGACGACCGAACUUGAAGAGUUGAAGCACUCUACCUCUCACGCCCAAGACCUUGAAAAUCGCAUCAACGAACUACAGGGUUCUCUCCAGGAGUCUGACAGCGAAAGGGAGAAAUUGAUUCAAGCACAACAAGUAUCAAGCCAUCGCGAGAAUGUUUUAGCUUCAGAACUCCAAACUGUGCGCGAAAAGCGCAGUGAGCAAAUUAAAACGCUUACUGCCCAAGUGCGACUCCUCGAAAACGAAUUGUCCGGAAAUCAAACUGCACUUAAAGAUCAAGGUCAGGAGCUGGAGAGACUGCGCGCGGCGUCUACCCAGCGUAGGACCGCUGACGAGGCUGAGAUAGCGAAGCUCAAUGCUGAUUUGAAGGCGCUCAAGGAUUCGCAACAGUCAUCCGCUGAUCGUGGUGCCUUGGACGCCGACCACAUUCAAAAGCUUGAAGCUCAGUUGACGGCACAGACAAAUAGGGUUCAACAGCUCGAGAUAAUGAACGCAGCCUCUAUCGAGAAUGCGUCUGCUUACGAGACUCGUGUAAAACAACUUGAGUCUGAUUUGGAGGCGCAGAAGGCGGAGUCGUCAAAGCUGACGCGUGCUGUUCAGGAGCUUGAGGGACAGUCUGUCGAUGGUAUCAGCAAGCAGGAGCGUAUCACGGAACUUGAAGCUCUUGUGAGGGCGAAGACGACCGAACUUGAAGAGUUGAAGCACUCUACCUCUCACGCCCAAGACCUUGAAAAUCGCAUCAACGAACUACAGGGUUGUCUCCAGGAGUCUGACAGCGAAAGGGAGAAAUUGAUUCAAGCACAACAAGUAUCAAGCCAUCGCGAGAAUGUUUUGGCUUCAGAACUCCAAACUAUGCGCGAAAAGCGCAGUGAGCAAAUUAAAACGCUUACUGCCCAAGUGCGACUCCUCGAAAACGAAUUGUCCGGAAAUCAAACUGCACUUAAAGAUCAAGGUCAGGAGCUGGAGAGACUGCGCGCGGCGUCUACCCAGCGUAGGACCGCUGACGAGGCUGAGAUAGCGAAGCUCAAUGCUGAUUUGAAGGCGCUCAAGGAUUCGCAACAGUCAUCCGCUGAUCGUGGUGCCUUGGACGCCGACCACAUUCAAAAGCUUGAAGCUCAGUUGACGGCACAGACAAAUAGGGUUCAACAGCUCGAGAUAAUGAACGCAGCCUCUAUCGAGAAUGCGUCUGCUUACGAGACUCGUGUAAAACAACUUGAGUCUGAUUUGGAGGCGCAGAAGGCGGAGUCGUCAAAGCUGACGCGUGCUGUUCAGGAGCUUGAGGGACAGUCUGUCGAUGGUAUCAGCAAGCAGGAGCGUAUCACGGAACUUGAAGCUCUUGUGAGGGCGAAGACGACCGAACUUGAAGAGUUGAAGCACUCUACCUCUCACGCCCAAGACCUUGAAAAUCGCAUCAACGAACUACAGGCUCGUCUUGGGGAGUUCGAAAGAGAACGGGAGGGACAGUCUAUUGAUGGUAUCAGCAAGCAGGAGCGUAUCACGGAACUUGAAGCUCUUGUGAGGGCGAAGACGACCGAACUUGAAGAGUUGAAGCAUUCUACCUCUCACGCCCAAGACCUUGAAAAUCGCAUCAACGAACUACAGGCUCGUCUCCAGGAGUCUGACAGCGAAAGGGAGAAAUUGAUUCAAGCACAACAAUCAUCAAGCCAUCGCGAGAAUGUUUUAGCUUCAGAACUCCAAACUGUGCGCGAAAAGCGCAGUGAGCAAAUUAAAACGCUUACUGCCCAAGUGCGACUCCUCGAAAACGAAUUGUCCGGAAAUCAAACUGCACUUAAAGAUCAAGGUCAGGAGCUGGAGAGACUGCGCGCGGCGUCUACCCAGCGUAGGACCGCUGACGAGGCUGAGAUAGCGAAGCUCAAUGCUGAUUUGAAGGAUCAGAAGGCGGAGUCGUCAAGGCUAACGCGUGCUGUUCAGGAGCUUGAGGGACAGUUAACUGAUGGUAUCGACAGAGAGAACCGUAUCGUUCAACUCAACAACGAUCUAGACGCGAAGACUGCAGAACUGAAGAAGUCCAGGGAGGAGUCAACCUCUCAUGCCCAGCAACUUGAAAAUCGCAUUGGUGACUUACAGGCUCGUCUCCAGGAGUCUGACAGCAAAAGGGAGAAAUUGAUUCAAGCACAACAAUUAUCAAGCCAUCGCGAGAAUGUUUUCGCUUCAGAACUCCAAACUGUGCGUGAAAAGCGCAGUGAGCAAAUUAAAACGCUUAACGCACGAGUUCGAGACCUCGAAAAGGAGUUGGAACAAGCCGCGACCAACUCUCGCGAUUCACUUAGUAAAGAACGGGAGCGAUACCAACAGAUGUCCGUUGAGUUUCAAAAACAACAAGCAGCGCUAUCUCAAACAACUGAAGAUCUCAGUACUGUCAAGGCCGCUCUUGAAAAAGAAUUUGAGGACCAUGGUAAUACCAAGUCACUGUUGGAGCUUUUACAAAGCGACCUUGUGGACUCUCAAAAAGCCAUCUCAAUUCUUAACAGUCAAUUAGAGGCCACCAUGGCUGACCACAUCGAAUUUGGAGAGGAAGCGCAAGAUUCGGACUCGGCGAUGGACCCGGAUGCACCAGAAAGUACUCCGUCGGCGACUGGAAAAUCUCAAAAAGCGGCGGGCAAACGUCGUCAAAUGUCGAUGAUGCCGGAUACCACCCUAUAUACGCUUAUGAACCAUAGGAACGGCGACCUGCAGGUAAAUAUGGAGCCAGAAAAUUCAGCAGAACGACCCACCUUUUCAAAUUUUUUUAACCAAACGGAAUUUACUCCCACUCUCUCUACCUCUGCGAACCGUUCUUCGCCCGUCCGAGACGGUGACCUGGCCUCUUCUUCCAAUCCAGGGCCAUCAAUACCCAACAGAUUUUCAAAGCCGGGUCACUAUCGAAGAGGUAGAGCUACACAUCAAUCUCCACCUCCACCUUCCAGUGCUAUACCCAGAUCUGGUCGAGACGAUGUGCGAGGAGUCGAGGCUUCGACAGCCUUCCAUGCAGAUACUCCGGCAACGGUCGCUGACCCCUCUGUGGUUCCACCUCACUCUGUAUUCUCUUCGACGCCUCCUGUCACUCCUGUUCCUCCUGUUGCCUCAGUAUCUGCUGCUGAACGUGCUUUUCAAGAAAGAAUAUUGAAUACGCUAAGCACUCUGUCGAGUGAUGUGAGAGGCGUCGUUUCGGACGUGCAAGAACUUCGGUCUAAUGCAAAUACACAACCUGCAACCCCUCGUAGGAGGAUUCCAAACAGGAAACCUUACUCUCCUUACAAGCAAGCUGGUCCUAAUGCCAGCCGGCAGUUACAACAAUAUCUCCUCGGAAUAUCCGAAGAUGACGACAUCUUCAUAAUGGAUUCCAUUCACAUUGCAUCACCAGCCGAAGUAGAUAAGUUCGAGAAUUCGCUACGAGACCCCCCACCAUUGGAACCUCUUCAACUUCACUUCGACCAAGUGAAAGUGAAAUGGAACGCUUAUCUUGCGGACCUCUUUGCUGAACAGUUCUUGCGAUUACACAGCAAUCUUAAUGCUACUGCCGAUCAAAUCAAGGAACACUUCAUGGCAAGAGUGCAAAUGUUUCGUGAGAAAUUGAUUUCCAUCGUUCCAAGGCCAGGAGAAACCAGCGAACAAUGUUUCGAUCGCGUAAGGGAGGAACGUCUAAAUGCCAAUCGCAGGAAGCGGCGCCGCACUAGGCAACGUAAUAAGUUGUAUGUGGACCGUUAUAGUAACUGCAUAGAUGCCGGUCGUCAUGAUAUUGCAGAUGUCGUCUUGACACUUGGCGAAGAUGGAAUGAGCGAAGACGAAACAGACGGAGAAGAUUCCACAGUCGUCCUUUUGACGCAAUGGCGCAACCCAAAGCUCCUGACUCCAUUAAAGAUCGCUGAUAGCCUGCGACCGGCUACAAGCGUCAAUGGAACCAGACGACCAGGUAGCCGACCCCUUAAACGCAGAAGACUACAAUCCGCACGGGAAGGUUAUCAACCAGCUCCAGAUCAGCGUCCAGAAAAUUAUUACUAUUCUUCUUGGCGGGCCUGCUUAUCUCGUUAUGAUAUAGCGCUCUUGAAAAUGAAAGAUGCAAAACCAUUUUUCGGGGAGUAG